AUGCUACAAAUAAUAAAAUCAAGUUUGAUAUCAACUCUAAGCUCUUUUGUCAAAUCAUCCAUUGCACAAAAUCUUCGUGUUGUGGGGCCAGGUGUCUUUGCUUCAACCAAAAGAACUUUCUCGCAGGAUCCAGUUGUGUGGAAGAAAUACGCCGUAAAUGAUCAUGAGCAAUUCGAUCAGUUGGUAAUCAAUAAUGGCCAACCGGUAAUUGUCGACUUCCAUGCGGAAUGGUGUGAACCCUGUCAUAUUCUAACGCCAAUUUUAAAUGCUCUGACCGAAAAAUCCAAACACAUCGAUCUGGCUAUUGUAGAUGUUGAACAGAAUCAAGAUUUGGUUGAAACAUUUGAUGUAAAGGCUGUGCCUGCUGUAUUGGCGUUCUGUAAUGGCGUAAUUGUGGACAAAUUCAUUGGCUUGGUUGAUGAAAAACGUUUGGAGGCUUUGGUUAAGAAGCUGAAGUUAAACAACAAUAAAAGCUGUCCAAUGCCCGAAUAA